AUGCUUAAAUUUCGAAGUAUCUGUACUACCUUAAUUGGUGGUAAGGUUUAUAAUAUAAAUGGUAAGACGAUUAGAGAAGAGAAAUUAAUUUCUGAAGGAGCUUAUUCAUUUGUUUAUAUGGCCAAAGAUCUAAACACGAAUAAAGCAUAUACUAUAAAGAAGACAAUAUGUCAAGAUAAAGAAAAAAUAAACAUGGCUAAAAAAGAAAUAGAUAUUUUAAAAAGUUUACCUCCUCAUAAAAAUAUAGUUCAAUAUUAUGGAUCAACUAUUAUUUCAGAGAAUAAUUACAAAAUAGUUAUUAUGUUAAUGGAAUACUGUGAGAGAGGAAACUUAUUAAAUAUAUUUGAAAAAAAUAAAGAUAAGAUUAAAGAAAUUCAUAUUGUAAAUAUAUUGAAAGAUAUAAUUACAGGUUUAUAUUUUAUACAUAAUCAAGAAAUUCCUAUAAUACAUCGAGAUAUAAAACUCGAAAAUAUAUUAUGUGAUAAAAAUGGUGUAUAUAAAAUUUGUGACUUUUGUUCACAUUCUAUAAGUAAUUCUUUCUUUCCUAAUGAUUUAAACAAAACAGAAUUAAAUAAAUUAAAAGAAGAAAUUGAAAGAGAUACGACAUUAAUAUAUAGACCUCCUGAAUUAAUUGAUUUAUAUUCAAAUCUUGAAAUAUCUUCUAAAAUUGAUAUAUGGAUGCUUGGUUGUAUUUUAUAUCUACUUCUUUUUAAAAUACAUCCUUUUCAAAAUAAUAAUUUCUUAUCUAUUAUUAAUGCUAGCUUUACUAUUCCUUAUUCUAUAAAAUAUUCUAAACGAAUUAUCUCUAUUCUUCUCAUGACUCUAAAUAAAAAUCCAAAAAAUCGAAUUGAUACCUCUACACUUUUAUUUAUUCUUGAAAAUUAUGCAGACCUAAAAAAAUGGUUUGCCUACAUACCAGCAGAUAUAAAAAAAAGAGUUAACGAAAUUUUUGAAAAAAUGAAUGAACUCAAUAUGAAUAAUAAACACAGUGAUCUUAUUGAGGUUAGUCAUGAGAAGCUAAUCGAUGUUAAAAUAUCGUCACAAAAAUAUGAAUCCAAGGUGCCAAAAUGUAAUAAUAACUUUCUGAAGUUUUUUACAACCACCAAUUUGAGUGGUGAUAUUUUUAAGAAAAAAAUUCUAACUGAUCAGAAUAGGAAGGAAGACAAACAGGUUAAGCUCACAGAAGGGGGGCUAACCGACCAAGUGGCAAUUAAUAAAAAGGACAUAUUAAAGGAUGAGGAAACCGACCAAGUGGCAAUUAAUAAAAAGGACAUAUUAAAAGAUGAAACAACCAAUAAUGUAGUAACUAAUGAUGAAACUGUGAAAUUACCGAAUGAUAAUAUUAUUAACAAUGCAGGUAAUAAAAUGGAUAACAAUAAAAACAACAAAUCUGAUGAAAUAUUAGAUAAUAUUGUAAAUUCAAUUGAUAUAAAAAAUUCCGUACCUGACCAGUCAGAAAAUAAAUCAACUAGCCAUUCAUACAAUUUAAUAACAAUUGAAUCUAAAGAAACCUUAAUUAUUGAUCAUAUGGAUUACGAUUCAGUUGGAGAUAAAAUGAAUACGGAUUUUUCUUUUCAGGAUACUUUAUGUGUAAAUGAAAAGAAAAGCAUGAAUAGUUUUUCGAAUGAUUUGAAGGAUAUAAAAGUGGAAAAAGAUAUUCAAAAGGGUGAUUAUUCUGAAAAUAUUCAGGUUGUAAAAAAUAAUAAUGAUGUGCAUCAAAAGGAUUUGAAAAAAGUUGAUGAAGGCACCAAUUUGUUAAGUCUUGAUGUGUUUCAUUGUGAGGAAGAAACGAAUGAUUUUAAAAAGAAAAAGGAAGGAAAUUAUAUAAAACAAAAUGAAUCAAAUUAUAUAAAACAAAAUGAAUCAAAUUAUAUAAAACAAAAUGAAUCAAAUUAUAUAAAACAAAAUGAAUCAAAUUAUAUAAAACAAAAUGAAUCAAAUUAUAUAAAACAAAAUGAAUCAAAUUAUAUAAAACAAAAUGAAAUUGAUUUUAUUUGUUCAGAUACCAAUUUAAAUAACGAUAUAAAUUUAUUUGAUGUGAUUCAAAAUAAUGAUUUAAAAAAGAAGGAAGAGUUUUUAAAUAUAAACACAAAUAAUGAGCAUGAUAAAAAUACAACAACUUGUAGUAACGAAUAUUAUAAUUUCGGUUCAUUUUACGACCCUUGGAAUAAUAACACAAAGGAUAAUAAUUUCUUUGGAGGUGAUAAUUAUUGUGUAAAUAAAAAUAAUCUUAUAUAUAACAAUGAUUUGUUCUUCGACAAUUAUGAAUUGUCUACAACUAAUAAUAUAGAAAAGAAGAAUCAUGAUCUUAAAAAUAAUUGUAUGGAUAUAAAUAAUAACAUAUUUUCUAAUAAGAAUUAUUAUGAACAUGUAGACAAAAAAGAAAAAAAUAUUUCAUAUGAAUAUAAUAUGAAUCACCAUUCCAUAUAUUCUUCAUAUAAAAAUGAAAAAAGAUGUAAUUUAAAUGACAUAAAACAAAAUAAUAAUAAUAAUAAUAAUUCUAAAUAUAUUGUAUCAGACAAAAAUGAUAAGUUUUCAGAGUUAUUGGAAGAAUUUCAAAAAUGUUCCAUUAAAUGA